AUGGCCGGCCUCCAGACCAACAUGGAAAUGCUCUACCCCGAGACAGUUGUACACGUGGGCAGGGUGAAUUUUGGAGAAGAGAACAGGAAGAAGAUGACCAAUAGCUAUCUGAAAAGAACCGAGAAUAAGAAAAUCAUCCAGGCCACAUGUGCCCUGUUAAACUCUGGAGGGGGUGUGAUCAAAGCAGAGAUUGAUGAUAAAACCUACAGUUACCGAUGCCAUGGGCUGGGACAGGAUCUGGAAACUUCUUUCCAACAGCUCAUUCCUUCCGGUUCACAGAAAUACCUUGACUACAUGCAGCAGGGGCACGAUCUCCUGAUUUUUGUGAAGUCCUGGAGCCCAGAUGUUUUCAGCCUCCCCCUCCGGAUUUGCAGCUUGCGCUCCAAUCUCUACCAGAGAGCUGUGACCUCCACGGUCAACCUGAAUGCCGGCAGUGCUCUGGAGCUCCUCAGAGAGAAGCAGUCUAGAGCCCAAAGAGGGAGAUUGGGGGUGAAGGAGCUGAGUUCUCAGAAAGUUCCCGACAGAGACAUUCAGGAAGAGGAAGACAUGAGGAUUUCUGCCUCAGAGUUGUUUCAAAAGGACAAGCUCAUAUAUAAGGAGAAACUCAAUUUUACCGAGUCAACCCAUGUGGAGUUUAAAAGGUUCACCACCAAAAAGAUUGUCCCCCGGAUUAAAGAAAUGCUGCCUCAUUAUGUUUCUGCAUUUGCCAACACCCUCGGGGGAUACCUCAUUUUUGGGGUCGAUGAUAAGAGCAAAGAAGUGUUUGGAUGUAAGAAAGAAAAAGUGAACCCUGACUUGCUGAAAAAAGAAAUAGAAAACUGUAUAGAAAAGUUGCCAACAUUCCACUUCUGCUGUGAGAAGCCACAGGUGCAUUUCACUACCAAAAUCUUGAAUGUGUACCAGAAAGAUGUCCUGUACGGCUACGUCUGUGUGGUUCAAGUAGAGCCCUUCUGCUGUGUUGUAUUCUCAGGGACCCCGGAUUCCUGGAUCAUGAGGGACAAUUCUGUCACAAGGCUGACGGCGGAGCACUGGGUGGACAUGAUGCUGGGUGUUCAGUCAGCAACUUCCAGUUUGGCCACCGACUCCAGCUUUCCCAUGAGUGUACCAGCUCCAUCAGCACUGGGAAGCCCAUCAUCUCCCAUGAAAGUCCUGGAAUUGAAGGGGCCUCUACAACAACGUCUGUUUCCAGUGACAUGGGAAGAGAUACAGUUUAAACCAGAAUCCCUCUGUAAGAAGCUCUUCUCAGAUCAUAAAGGACUCAAGGAAUUAAUGAAGACACAGAUAUAUCCUUGUUCUCAGGGGAUUGUGAUAUUUUCUAGAAGCUGGGCUAGUGAUGUUGGCUUAAGGAAAGAACAGGAUGUCCUGUGUGAUGCUCUCCUCAUAGCAGUGAACAGUCCCCUGGUACUCUAUACAAUCUUAAUAAACCCUGGUUGGAAUGGAGGGCUUGAGUAUGCCCGAAAUACUGCUCAUCGGUUAAAGCAGAAACUGGGAACUGUUGGUGGUUACACAGGGAAAGUGUGUGUUAUCCCGAGGCUGAUGUACCUGCCCAGCACACAGCAUAGCCCUGGUGAAAUCCUCGUGCACUACCCCCAAUCCUACAGGCUUGCCACCAAGGAUGAAGUGGAAGAUUUGUUGCAGGCCUUUAUCGUAGUCUCACUGUGUUCUCAAUCUCUUCUGAGUGACCGGCUGGGCUGUGAAUUUUUCAACUUGCUCAUAGAGGAGCAGUGUGAGUUGCUUUCAGAGAGCCUUCAGGAGACACGAGAAUUGUUCAUCCACUGCUUUCCGGGAACCAGGAAGACAGCCCUGGCCAUAAAAAUCAUGGAGAAAAUUAAGGAUUUGUUCCAGUGCAAACCAAAAGAGAUCCUUUAUGUUUGUGAAAGUGACUCCUUAAAGGAUUAUGUGAACCAACAAACCACCUGUCAAGCUGUGACCCGGAAGACCUUCUUACAAGGGGAGUUCCUAAAGAUUAAGCAUAUAGUGAUGGAUGAGACUGAGAAUUUCUGCAGCAAAUAUGGAGACUGGUACUUGAAGGCCAGGAGCAUCACCCAUCCAAAGGUGAGGGGAGCUGGAAGUGAAAAACUUCAUCGUGGGAUUCUCUGGAUUUUUCUGGACCCUUUCCAAGUCCGUCAUGCAGAUAUUAAUGGCCUCCCCCCUCCAUCUGCUCAGUUUCCUCGAAAGACAAUCACCAGUGGGAUCCACUGUGCUCUAGAAAUAGCAAUGGUCAUGAAAGAAGAAAUGAAGAGGAUCAAAGCCAAUCCACCCUCCAGCAUGUCCCCAGACACACUGUCAUUGUUCAGGGAAGCUGCCUAUGAGGAAGCAAUGUGUGCCCUGGCCCUGCCUGGGGUGUGUGAGACAGAGACUAACCUGACUAUGGAACAGAUUGUAAAAUGGGUGGCAGAAAGGUGUCACGACCUGUUCCAAUGUGGCUAUCGGCCCAAAGACAUUGCAAUUCUGUGCAGGAGAGGGGAGGACAGAGGACGCUACGAGCUUGCCCUGCUAAAAGCAAUGGAAUUAUCUGAAGCCCAUGGAGCAACAAAGGUUGCGUUCAGCCAGGCCUCUGGUGUUUGGGGCAGUCACAUCAUUUUCGACAGUAUUCAGCAGUUUUCAGGUCUGGAGAGGAAUAUUGUAUUUGGGCUUAGUCCAGAAUGCGCCCUGUCAGAAGAAGCUCAUAAGCUCUGCUUUGCCUCACGAGCCAUUAAACAUCUUUACCUGCUCUAUGAAAAGAGGGCAGCUUUCUGA